AUGAGGACGGUAGAAGCUUUGGUUGCCGCUUUUCUUCUUUUGGGAGUCGAAACACAGGCAUUUGUGGCUCCAUCGGCACAAAUUAGCCCGAAACAGUCGGCCAGCAGUCGUCUUCCCACGGAACGCUACUUUUUCAACUUUGGCAACAAUAAGCAAGAGGAAAAAGAAGAAGAAAAAGUAGAAGCUCCGGCACCAGCAGCUGCGCCAGCUGGAGACUACUACGAAGAUGACAUUGCCGAAAAGCUAUUUGGCUUUUUCUUUGGCAAAAAAGAACAGGAACCGUUGGGAUUGAAACGCUUUGGAGCGGAUCGAUUCCCCGAACAAUAUCCCGCCACCACAACGGAAUUUGCCGAACCCGUGGAUAGCGAUGACAAGGAAAUGGCAUUGCUACGACCACUCUUGAAGAAUACUAACUUGGAGACGCGGGCCUUGAAGCUCGUCUACAAUGCCAAUCGCAAUGGAUGGAACCCGGCCGCAUUUCAUCGGGCCGUCGACAAAAAGGGACCCUCGCUGGUCGUGUGUACCACCAGCGGUGGACUCGUGUGUGGAGGAUACAAUCCCAAAGGAUGGGUCUCGUACGGGGAAGCCCGUGGUUCCAUUGCCGCAUUUCUAUACGUCUUUCAACCCGAUGGCAAACCAAUUAAACUUCGCAAAGUAGGUGGGGCAUCGUUGGCGCAAAUUGAUGAACCCGAGUGUGGCCCAAAGUUUGGAGCCGAUUCCUUGAUUAUCCCACUGGCCAAAGAAAAUCCCAAAUUGGCACGCAGCAAGUUGGGAUCCUACUAUGAACGAUACGGUGAUGGCAACAAUUCAUUGUUCCGAGAAUCGGGGGCGGUCAUGCUCAAAGAAUUCAAAGUGUACCAAGGUGUCUAUGGAAAAGAUGAGUUCAUCCCGUUUACCGAUGCAGAGCCAUUUGCGUUGUAUUAG